UCAAGACAAACUUGGUGGACCCCUUGAGCUUAUGGUUUCCGAUGCUGCUAGGGUCUGUGCUACACAAAGCACUCUGUGUGUGUGUUUGUGCUCGUGCGUGUGUGUACUGAACGGUCUGUACACCUGGUGGGUGUGAAAAUCAGUGUCAUACCUGACCACGCAAGGCAGAGCCGCGAUCGAAUUCUAAUCUGGUCAUGGCGCCUUUUACAGGGCUGGCAACAAUGGCCAACACCGGAGAAUAAGGAGCAAGGUAGCGAGACAAGAGGAGAAGGUUAGAUGAUAAAGGCCACGCACAGUGACCGGGUCGGUCCCACUUCGUCCGUUCCACGAGAAACAUUUCGGGCUACCUGUCUGCGUAGAUUGAGUUUUUCCUCCAGGUAAAGAUCGAGAUGAAUGAAUUCUUUGGCUCGGGAGCAGAGAAAAGAGGACAAAUAAAAGGGAAGACCGAAGACUGAAGUUUAGUUUUGCAUCGUACCGACGUGGGAGCCACUAUGUGUCGUCCAUGCAGCAUCAUAUGCACCGAAUAAACUGCAGAAUUUUGAGUGGCCAUGACCUCGUCUGAUGACAGCAACUUUCUCCGGUCUCCCUCACCCAGUCCGGAGUGACGACGAGGUGGUGCUCGCAAGGCCACAAUGGAUGAUCCGUUGCUGUUAGAAGGGGAGGAAGGAGACAUGGCGGACGGGACUGUGACGCUAAGUGAGAUUGUGGAGGGGCGAGAGGUGAGCCUGGCGGAGGAGCAGGUGUGGGCUCUGUGUCGGGAGUGCUGUCUGACUCUGGAGUAUGUCCACAAUACUGAAGACCUCUUCCAGUCUUUGGUGAUCACCCCGGACACGGUCGCCUUUGACCGCGAGGGAAACGUGUGCUUUUUGGACCUGGACGCAGACCCAGACCCUCUGUACCUUGCUCCUGAUGAGGCAGAAGAAGGCAUUACUUACAAGAUGCCUGCUGACCCUAAGUCACAUCUUUACUCACUGGGAAUGACCCUACUGUUUGCUGUGGACUACAUGGGCCACUCAGUGGACCUCAGGUCAGAGGUGUCAGAUGAUCUAUACAACCUUCUGACACAGCUAACACAAGAUGACCCUGGUAAACGACCAAAACUUGAAACUGUCCUGCAGCUUUGUGACCAUGCCUUGCAGGAUUAUUCCUCACAAGAAAUUUGUCAGAAGUUUGCUUGUAAUAACACGGAGCAAUGUUUAGAAGGUGAAAACAACACCAGCCUGUUGUCAGUAACAGAGGAACUAGCUGCAUAUUUGCAAAACCAGACAGGACUGGUUACACCUGGUCAAGGCCAGUCCAGCAACUCUGAUUCAGGAAGAGAGCACCUCAGCAGCAGCAGCAGUGUGGCAAAAAUCUCCCAUAAUCUGUUACAUGAUAAUCCUGACAGAUGGAUGGAAGUGGAGAUGCUUGAUGUGGAUGAACAAGAGAGGGAUGAGUAUAUGGUGAAUAGCAUUGCUGGUCAUUCUUCACAUACCUCCAUCAUACAGGACCAGAGUUCUACGAGCACUGACAGCAUCGCAUCUCCACGGAAAAAACGAAGGCAAGGUCUGCUCUUGUCUGAAAUUUUAACGUUUCUGGAGCGAAACUUGCAAGAGUCUGAACUGUGGGCUUUGUGCAAAGAAUGCAUCAUAAGUUUGCAAAGAAAAAAGAAGCAUUUGCCAGCCUACAUUUCACCAGAUACAGUAAUGGUGCAAGCUAAUGGAUGUGUAUCAUAUAAAGCCAUACCAGAAGACAAACCUUUGGAAAUUAUAUUUAUGGCACCUGAGCUACAGCAGAAAGGCAUUGUAGAUGAAAAGACAUGCAUGUUUGGGCUUGGAAUUACCUUGAGCAGUGCAGCUGGCAAAAAAACGUUUUCUCCGAAUGCUACAACAGUAACGGCAUUUGAGGAGCUGCUUACAUCACUGCUGGACUCAAGCCCUGAGUAUCGCCCCACUCUUGAUGUUGGACUCCUUGCAUGCGAUGAAUAUGAAAAGCAGACCAGCAUUGACUCAAGAGCUCUUUGUCAAAAACUCUUCCUGAACUCUUUUGCUUUAAAGAUGAGCCAUGAAAAGGAAACAACGAAUUUAGCAUCUGCAGACUAUCAGAAGCAUGGUUUGCCCCAACAACAGCUGAGAUUAAAUAUGCUUGUUGUUGGUAUUCACACUCCAUCAGGGUCUGCUUUCAGGCUGGUGCCAGUCCAAAAGCUCCAGAAGCGUCUUGAAGAGAGGCAUGGAGAACAGCUAAGAAUUCCUAAUGCCUUUUCAUCAGCUGCAACUCACUUCAAGCCCAUCAUAUUACACAGUUCCACUGCAUCUGAGGUAACAAGUAAAGCUCAGAUCUUAGAGCAUGCUGAGGGGGAAGAGAAGAAGACUGUGGUGAACAAGCUGAAGGAGCUUAAGGAAAGCAUGCAGAAGUCCAGGCAAGGACUGAGUAUGUCCAAAGACACAGACUGUGAUCACAGUAAGCCAGAAACUUCAGAUUCAGGAAAGACACAGACGCCUGGAGGAUCUGGCAACAGUUCAAGGAAUCUAAAAAGUGAACAAGUGGAGGAAACAUCUGUGACUCUAGAGUCAGUCCUGCAGGAGUUUCAAAGUUCAGGUCAAGUUGACACUCAGAGCCUGGCAUUAGCCAUUGCUGAGCACUUGAAGGUCCAUCUAAGUGGAAAGGAAACAGGUGAUAGGACUAGCACCAUCAGGAAGAAAAAGUCUCCAGGACAUAGGACAUCUACAGAAAUUUCUGGUGACCUGGAUCAGCCGUCUGCACAAUUCCAGCCACAGCAAGUGCAACAACAUGGGCAAUCUCUGUGUGUUACAGUCACUUGCCAGUUUUACCUGUACAGCCGCAAGAACAGUACAGACACUUUACCAACAAGCUACUGGGACACUUUCAAGCUCAAACGUGGGGAUUUCUCCGUUAACCCCACAUCAGGCUUCAUAGGUCAGCCCAUGCCAUUUUCCUUUGUGCAAUACCCUGGUGGUUUGAUCCCUGGUGCUCCUGUACAGUUUCAUAUGCAGCAGGACCCCCGCACAGGUCUGGUGCAGCUUGUACCCAUCAGUGUCAUGUCACACAGCUGCUCUCACUCUCAACCAACAACUCCAUGCAGUGCAUGCACACCUAACUCUGAGUCAGGUUUGGUACAGGGAUUACAACAUCAAUUUUUCCAUGUUAGUCCUAACACAGUGCCUUUAUUGGAUGCCCCUUCUGUGGAUCUUUCUGGUCAGGAUUCUGGAAAGGGCAAGGAUGAAGUGUCUUCCAACAGAUUCAUGACCACAAACAGUCGCAGUGCUAAGGGUCUUGUACACAAGACAGCGGCACAGCAUACCAAACAUUGUGCCAGUGGGUUAGCAACUUCAUUGAACUCCAUUUCUAAUGUGAAUCAAACAUAUUCAAAUUCUCCAGAGCCUCAUUGCACAACUGACUUUCUGGAUAAGGAAAGCUUUGCCAUCAGUGACUCUCCUACUGGGUUUGGGAUAGGCCAUGGAAGAGUUAACAACUCGGGGUCUGGUGUGCCAUCUAGAAACUCAGGCUCAUACACUGUCCAGGAUCAGGGUAGCAGGGGAAGUAGUAGACAGAUGUAUGUUCAUGAUGAGGCCAUUGUCAGGAGUCAUCAUGAUAGCGACAGGGCGCAAGAUGAUGGUAAACCACAGCACACUAGUUCCCACUUGCAACCAUUGACACCUCCACUAAAAGGUGGUGAUGUCAGCUCCCCAGAUAAACUGACAACUUUCCAAGGUGCUGAGGUGGGCCUAAUGGAUGGGAUGCAAUAUGGUAAUAAUCUCCAGCACAAUGCAGCGUAUACACAGGUGCAGCAAACUCUGCAGGAUGGAGGCAUCAUUGUUGGCCCUGUACCUGAUAAAGAGGUUAUGACUGAUUAUGUUCUUUCUCUGGCUCAUCUUACAUGGGAAACGUUCAAAAAUGCUGUAUUGGAAAAGUACCCCCACAUACAGUGGCAAAACAAUUUGCUUGCCAGGCUUUUCCACGUUGUAAAUGGUGACUGGCCUCCAGCUGACAGAGAUCCUGCAAAGACCCUACCUGUUGAAGGGAGAAAGGCUUUCAUUAAUGAGGAACAAAAUACAUUGGGAAAAAAGACAAAACUCUAUAGUGGACAGUUAGAUUCUUUGCCUUCUGCUCCCAAAGGAAAACGAUCCUAGGAGGAAACGCAUCACUCACAUGUGAGACCAGAGCAGUUUUCACAAGCUGUAGAAAAAGAACCACAGAUGCGAACAAAGACUGAUAUUGAUGACAAAGAGAAUCUUGUUAAAGAUAGUGGUAUCAGAACUGCAGGAUUCAGCAAUUCUCUUGUCCGUGUUCUCCCCAGUGGGAGGUAUGGCAGUGGUCCUAGUGAAACUUCGGACUCAACUGACAGUGAAGACCAGGGCACAAAGAUGCGUGCAAAAAAACGGUUAGACAGCUAUAAAAGUAACUCGCUUCACAACCUGCAAGGUAGCACAACUCCAAACAAUCCCAUUAGCCUGGGAUCAUUCAAGAACAUCCUGGGUACUUCAGUCAAUAAAAGCAUGGAUAGUAGUAAUGUGGCACAGUCAAAAGAAAGAAACUGUCAGAAAGACCAUCUCAAGGCCAGUACAAAGAAAAGCAAGAGACAGGAAACUCCAGUCACGAUGUUGAUGGUUAUAGCUCAGGCUCACAAAGCCCCAGUUCCUAUAUUCCUUCUAGUUACCAUAGUCUGCCCAGGCCUCAGCAUUCUUCCCAUGCAAAGGCAAUGCAUUUUUAUUCCACUGACGAUUGGAGGCAGCAAGAAUCUUCAACUCUGUGACAGGCCAUCACAGUCUGCAAGCAAAGUGUCAAUGCCAAGGCACUACCAUCACCCCGACGGCAAUCCAAAUAGUGUUUCUAUAGACUUUAAGAAACUUUACAAACAUGAGCGUGGUGUUUUCAGCCAACAGUCUGUUGAGGAACAGAAAGUACUUUACUCAUCCAGAACCAAUAGCAGCCUAUAUUGCAGCAGCCCCUCAUCCUUUACUGGUCACAUAGCAAAAGCAGGGACAGGCCUCACUGGCAGCAACAAGGUGUUUACUCAAGCAUCCAAACAGAUGCUAAAUCAGCAGGAAGUGAAUAACAAUUCUUGUUAUCGCAUAAAGCCUAGUGUGCCGGACUUGGUCAGACCAAGUGGGAAUCAUUCAAGCAGCAGUUCCAGCUGUAAGCUUCCUCAGACCCAGCAUGCUCCAAAGCUAGCUUGGGGCCAUGAACUUGGGGAAUAUUAUAAAAAAGGUCAGGUUGUCUACCACUGUGCUAUGCUUCAUUUUAACAUGACAGAAGAGAUGGACCGCUUCAUCCAUGGCAUUCUGGAGAAAGAGAAAAAGUCAGGAAUAGAAGCAAGCCUUGCAAACAUUGAACAAGAGAUUGCCAUGCACAGGAAACAGCGUCGCAAAUGCCAGGGAUUUUACAAGAAACUUACUGACCCUGGUGCCAAACACAGCAAAGGUGAUAGGAAAGCUGUGGUGAGCCAGGUUUUAAAGGACAUGUCUGAAAUGACAAAGAAGCUUCAUUUCUUGGAUUUAUGCCAAACACACCUUCAAAUGCUGUUGGCUGAGCUGUAUGGACUGGAUUUUUGUUUUCUUCACACCCUGGUCGCCAGUGGUGGCAGUGCAGGGGUAGGCGAUCCUCCUGCUCUAGUGCUGCAACCUUACUUGGAGAAUCACUUGUUGCAAUUUCAGACAGUCCGAGAACCCACAACAGGUUGUGACAUGCAAGUUCUGCAAGCAGGCCAUCCUAAAGGUUUACUGGCCUAUCUCUUUCACUCGCAUCAUAACAAAUAUUCUGUGAACAUAACUUGCAGGUCGGCCUUAAGUGAGGGCUUUAUCCACCAGUUUCUGUUCUGCUUUCGUUACUUCCUGAGAGCAGAGGAAGUUUUUGAUUUCAUUGUCCAGAAGUACUUGGCUGCUGCAAAAGGGAACCAGAAAGAUGCCAACAUGGUUCGAGUACAGCAGCGUGCCAUGGACCUUCUCCAGUACUGGCUGGAGGGUUAUUACAGUGUUGACUUUGAACGCAAUGAAUCUCUCAGGACCAUCUUGAAAAGUUUGUGUUAUUUUGAAGCUACAUUAUAUCAUGUGCAGGUGGAAAGUGGAGUGGAAGGAGCUCAAAAUCUUCUCAAUCUUUUGUAUGCCUGUCAUUUGGGGGAAAAUGUGGAACUCACUGGACCCUCAAAUCCUAUGGAUUACCAGGAUGAAGUGUACUAUCUCCAUUUGGCCUCACCUAAGCGGCAAACAAAAGCAGAGCGACUAAUGGAGUGGGAAUCAUUCAGCUCAUUGCUGGGACGCAAGAAAACAAACCAUGGAGAACCUGGAGGAGGAACAGGAAUGCCAUUCAAGGGAGAUGGAGGACUGAUGAUAGAGAGGCGGCCAGCAAGCAGGGCAGAGGAUGGAACCAUGUUGUCAGUGUCUAAGCGCAGAGAUGCAAUGCAAUUGAUGGACUAUGCUGCUCAUCGCCUAGCUGAACAGCUAACCCUCAUGGAACAGGAAUUAUUUCAGCGCACUCAUCCUGUUCAUUACCUUGACUCCAAAGCCAAGGGUAUUGGGGUAGAUCUCUCCAUUCCUACACUUCUUACUCCAUCUGUGACUAGGAAAGCUACCAAAAGUGGACAGUCAAGUCUCUUCGUGAGCACGCAAUACUUUGAAUCAAGAGUGGAUGACAUGAUCGCACAUGCAAAGGAGAUCACACAUUGGGUCUCAGCAGAAGUGCUUGCUUGUGGCUCACAGAAGGGUCAGGAAACUGUCUUGCUCAAGUUUCUGAAAACAGCACACCUUUGCAUAGAGAUUCACAACUAUGCUACAGCACUAGCCAUCUUUGCUGGACUGGACAACUUGCUGGUGCGGCAGUUGCCUACAUGGAGAUUUCUUUCUGCUAAGUCUGCUGCAGUCAUGGAGGAACUUGAGCAGCUACAGGUGAAAAUGAAAGGUGAUUCCAUGGCACUGAUGAAUGAAAAGAACAGCCACACAUACCCGACAAUUCCUUGCAUCCUUUUCUUUGUCCUGCAUCUACAGCAGUUAGAAAUUGGAGGAUUUAGAUUGGCCAAUGGCAUGUACAAGUGGUCAAAGAUGAGGUCUAUUUGCCAGUUUGUGGAUCAGAUACGCAUUUUUCGUGAGCAUGAAUAUGGAUUUGAACCUGAUUAUGAACUGCAGUCACUGAUCCGCAGGCGCCUUCAUGAGCUCAGCACCAAAGACUUGCACACAGUUGCUGCAACAUAUGGUGACAGCUUUCGCCGCCAGAUGUCUACUGCAGCUGGUCUCCAGAGUACUUUCCGUCGUGUUUUGGCUAAGCUACAAAACAAAUCAAAGUGACUUGAAAGGAAGAACAUCAGCAUUCAUUUUGACAGGAAUUUUAUUAAAUUGCAAAGAGAAGAGGAGAUUAUUACUUAAAGUUGCAAUCUUUUCUUACAUGCAUAAAAUCUUCCAUUAUUUAAAGAAAACAAGGAACUGUUUUGUUUUCAUGUUUCCAGUAAGGACAUUGGUUGAAAACAGAUCCUGCCAAAAUCAUUCUAACCAAAGAAAUACAAAGCAUCAUCAGAGCUGGACUGUUUCGCAAUUGUGAAGUUGGAAAGAUUUGUUUGUACUAAGCUUGAUAAGCUGUGAAGUUUCUACUGAAGACAUUUUUGUAUUUUCUCUUUCAUGGACAUUGUCAGUUAACACAAUUAUAGGGCAUCAUCAUCUUGCAACAUUAUAACAAAUAUGGUACCAAAAAAUAUUGAUGGCAUAAGAUCAUCAUUGUGGUGCAGAGCAGCCAUCUGAAUUGUGCAAAAUAAGAGGUUGCUGAUAAAAGCAUGAUUGUGAAUAACUAAUUUUGUAUACAUGCAAAAAUUUCAUCGUGCAUCUGAAGUGGAAAUAUAAUUUUGAACAAGUGCUCUGGGGUCACUUCUAGAGAUAUUUGCUUUACCCCUUUAUGUACAUUUAACAUCAAAAGUAUGUGCUUCAAGUAUGAGGCCACCUAGCAAUCUGACUCAGAGCAACAUUAAUAUGACAUGCAUAUAGGCUGUAAGAUUUACUAAAUAGCCACUCUAAGUGAUGCAAUAUUAGCAGAAUCAAUGAUAUAUAACCUCUUCUGUGAAGUGUUUAAGAUUAAGAUGUUUCAAGUAUUAACCUGCUUGACUAAAAUAUGAAAAAAUUCAGGAAUGGGUAUAUGAUUGACAUUAUCUUUUAUUUAAAAUAAUCACUUAUGCUAGAACCAUUUCUUUCUAGCCAAGUUCAGCUACAUUUAUGAUAAUUGCAUAUUAUUGCAUUCAGUUGUGAUCAGUGCAAAUUAAUAUCUAUACAUGUGGUAAAUGCCAAAUACCUAAACAGCAAACUGUGAUAUAUUACUCGUAACAGUCAUUUUCUAGAUCCUCUCUAAUGAAACCCUUUACCUCACAAACACUCAUGCCUACACCUUGUGUCUGCAUGUGGUUCUAAAUUUACUCAUCAUAUUUCAUGCUGCUUUAAGGCUGCGAAGUAUUUUGUAAGCUGAAUGUGUCCAUUAUCAAGCACCAAGUUGGAAAUUAUCUUAUCUAUAUAGUCUUAGCUGUUGGGUUCUGAUACCAUUUGGUUUUUAAUACACUUGGUUGACAAGGGUGUUUACAGAUCUUUAACAUCUCUCUGUCUUCUAUUAUAAGCUACCUCAAUUUUCCCCUUCGUUUAGCAUGUCAUAUAAAUGUCCACUUUUAUUUCUGUGAUUUUUUUACACGUUCUAAUUAAUUGUUUUACUUAAAGUACAACAUUUUUUUGUGCUGAAGUAUUAUGUGUUAAAUGCUUCUUUUAGUUUUAGUUGAACCAGAUUUGCAGACACUAGUUUCGCAAUGUUUCAUAGCAGUUGCCUUUUAUUCUAGGUUAAGAAAUAUACUUCCAAAGAUUUGAAAAUUUUUUUUGCUUUGAUUUAUAACAAGCAAUUAAAAUUUACUGGCCUUCAAGUCUUGUUGCAAUGUUUGGCUUUAAGAUUCCUUGCUCUGUAGCCACUGAUUCAAUGACCUCUGGGGCAUUGUUCACUGCUGCAGAGACAACUAGGGAGAGAAAGAGAGAGAAGGCAUACAAUGCUUUGCCCCUCAUUGUGAUGCAUCCAUGGGAAGUAAAUGACAGCUGUCAGCAGCAGAAAUCAAGUUUGUCUGUCUUGUACUACUCAGCCUUAUUGACAUCUUCGAUGCCUGCUUUCUCAUUAUUCUUGCACUAUAUGCAUAACACGGAGGACAUGGAUUUAAUUCUGUAUUAAUUCUUGAGUGUAAAACAUGUUCUGCAAAUUCAUAUCUGUGAUAAUAUGUACAGUAAGGCUCUUUAUGUUCUUUCUAGUCUUAGUUUGAUCUGAACUGAUACAUAUGCACAUUGCACUACUGGUUCAUUUAAAAACCUGAAUCAUUAAAUUCUUAAUUAGCU